CUUGGCUCGAAUACAGCCCGAUAACAACUGUUUAGCUCUCUAUGUUCGUUGAUUAGCUCGAAUGAGUUUUAUUUGAGGCUGCAGCAUCCGAGAGAACAAAGCGUUCAUUUUGAGGUAAUCUUCGAGAAUUUGAUAGAAUGAUUUGAUUUUGAAGAUGGAUCGACUCAGUGAGUUGCCGGACUCUGUUAUAUUUCACAUAUUUUGGUUCUUGCCGAUUAGGGAUUUUGUUAGGACAACGAUUCUAUCCAAGCGCUGGAAAAACCUCUGGACCACCACUCCCUUCCUUAACAUGACUGAUCAUGAGAGACUCUCUUUUGAUCAUAAAAAAUUUUCAAGCAUUGUUCAUCGGGUUUUAUUACGCUGGGAUGGGGUAAAGGUUCUGAAAUUCAAGGUUAAAAUGCAUCAUUUUCUUUCAGCAUAUGGGGAUGCUCAUUUGUGGGUGCGGUUUGCCAAGAUGCAUGAAGUUGAAGAACUAUACUUGCAUUGGAGGGAUUUACAUCUGAAAAGGACUGGCAAUAAUGAUCACGAAGUCCGUUGGGUGCCACAGUAUCUGUACUCAUGCUCGUCGCUUAAAGUGUUAUCGAUCCACACUUCUUACUUUAGAAUUACUGAGAAUGUGCAGUGGAAUCAUCUCAAGAGUUUAACAAUUAUCAAUGGUUUUGGGGUCACUGAAGACGUGAUUAAUCAAAUAUUGUGUGGUAGCCCUCAGUUGGAAGUCUUAAUCCUGUCUUUAGUAGAAAGUGAUGAAAGCUUGCAUAUCCGGUCUACUAGUUUGAAAGAGCUUUCGAUGAACAAGCAUUUACAUGAGGCCGACGAUGAUUCAUCUACUUAUACGGCAGAGCUGAGAAUUUGGACUCCAAAUCUUAAAACCUUAGAAAUUAAAGGAAUUCCAUAUGGCAAGUGUUUGUUGAUGAAUGUCUCAUCUUUAACUCAUGUGACUCUUGAGUAUUCUAAUCUACAUCAAUAUGAUCGAACAUAUUGUGGCGACUUUCCCGGGAUAGAUGACUUCUUAUCCUCAAACCAUUUUCUUGGAGAUUUAUUUGGUCAAAUUCUUCCAAACAUCCAACACGUUGAAAACGUCAAAUUACUACCCUGUUGCUUCAAGGUGCUUAGAGCUAUGAUAGAGGGAUGCAUGAAUUUAUCUUCUCCUAAUGUCAAAUCCAUACAGUUCAGAUUUCAUUGUACAUUUGUAGGUAUGAUUGAGAUUUUCCCUCUUUCAAAGAAGUUAUUCAUUGAAGUUGGAGAAAGGGUCAAGUCCUAUUGUGGUGAGGCAUAUUCACUGUGGGCCUCUCGUCACUUCUACCGUGAGUUUGAACUACAUAUUCCUAUGUCCUUUAUGCUGCAGUUGAGAAUUGUUGAGGUUACUUUGGUUGAGGGUGACAUCUUAUUUCCAUUUCUAGAAUCACUGUUGAAAAACGCGAGUAAGCUAGAAAAGAUUGUGUUCCGAGUAAAAGGAUCACAAAAUUGUUUGCUUCAUGCAUCACAGAAGCUGCUGAAAAUGCCAAGAUCCUCACGAACUGCAGUGUUUUCUUUCUGUGAAUAUUGAUCUCACCAUGCUAUCUUCAAUCAUAGGUAACUACAUGGGUAAAAUGGCAGCAUUAUGUGCUUGAUAUCCUUUUGCUUCGUCCGACUAUCUGUUUCUUUCCUCUGUUUCAUUUUGGGAUUAUAUUUUCAGUGAGGCAAAGCAAUUUGACACUUCUGGAUGAAGCUGAUGUUGUUUUGAUAUGUGUCUCACUUGUUAACUUCUUGAUGCUAUGAAUGCAACUAUUUAUGGAACUUAGAUUGUUAUUCAGUUUUGUCCAACUAAUGUAGUGCUUCAUAUAUUAGUUUGUAGAAUUAGAAAAUUUUGGGAAGGGCAAAUUCGACUCUCCAUGGGUUAAAUCUGGGCAAAGUAUGGCUAUAUGAGCAUGUAUAGAUCAUUUUUGCAUUUGAUAUUUAAACGAUAUUGCUAUCUAUAAACUGCAUACGAUUUCUUUUUUUAA